AUGGCUAAGUUCACAACCAUUUUCUUCAUGGCUCUCCUUCUUUGCUCAACGCUUACCUACGCAGCCAGGCUAGCUCCGACGAUAACGGCCGCUUCUUCCAGCCAAACCUCCGUCAAGGAAAUUGAAGGAGACAAGGUCGAAGAAGAAAGCUGCAACGGAAUUGGAGAAGAAGAAUGUUUGAUUAGACGAACCCUUGUUGCUCACACCGAUUACAUUUACACUCAAAAUCACAAGCCCUAA